AUGUAUUUCUUCUUUUUUACCAUCCGUCGGGCGCAUAACAAAUGGCAUUCUACAAAAAAGUCUGCCAAAAUCCUGUACAUAGCCAUGGGAAUCUUAACAAUCGCCUUGAUGUCUCUUGCUUUAACUCAGGAGGAAGAAGAUAAAGUAAAACAUAAGGAUCCCCUUGAGGAAACCCCGGAAGCAAUGCGGAGAAAGAUCAAGGAGAUGAUGCUGCAUGCCUGGAGAAAUUAUGCCAGAUUCACUUGGGGCACCAAUGAAUUCCGUCCGAUUACUCGACGCGUUAACUUCGGCAGCGAAUUCGGGCACCACAAACUGGGCUCAACAAUCAUAGAAAGCAUGGACACUCUGUAUGUGAUGGGUCUGUACAAGGAGUUGAACCGGUCACGGGAAUGGAUCCGGAAAUCAUUCACCUUGGAUCGCGUGGAUGAAACCUUAUCCAUUUUUGAACUAACUUCUAGGAUGCUGGGACCCAUGUUGACUAUGUAUGCCCUAACUGGAGAUCAGUUAUACAGAGAUAAGGCUAUCCACAUAGCGGAUAAGAUACUGCCAGCCUUCCAGACAGCCACGGGAAUACCCAGGCGGUUUGUGGUACCAAACGAUGACCAAUUCCGUAAAAGAUCCCUCACCGAUAUAGCACGUAUCUCGGAGUUUGGGGCCCUGCACUUGGAGUUCUUCUAUCUCAGCGAAAUAACCGGGAAUCCAGUCUACAAAGACUCCGUUGACGGCAUCCGGCGGUUGCUGGCCGAUAUGAACAAACCGAAUGGCCUGUACCCGAACUCGUUUUGCACGAAAUAUGGCAGAUGGGAAAACUCCAGAUGCUCGAUAAACCGAUUCCAUGAUUACCUCUUGAAGUCCUGGAUCCAGUCCGGAAGAAGUGAUUCUGAAACUUUGCAGAUUUUCAAAGAUGCCAUGUUGGCGGUGGUGCAGAAUAUGGUGGAAAUAACCACGGAGGAUGUGAUCUACAUACCGGAGGUGGUAGACGGUACACGAACCGAUCGGAUGAAGCAGUCGAAUUGCUUUGCCGCUGGCCUCUUUGCCCUGGGAGCAGAGCAAACGCUGAUGAAACACUGGGCGAAGUAUGCCCAGAUUGGCAUUGGCAUUGGCGACACCUGUCAUGACCUCUAUAGGCAGUCACCUACUGGCCUGGGUCCGGAGGAGAUGGGUUUCUCGGAGGAAGCUAGAAAGGAAAUAAAAUCCCUCCAGAGAACCUUCUAUGUACUACGCCCGGAAAUCGUCGAGAGCUAUUUGAAACUAUGGCGUUUGAGUCGCGACAAGAAGUACAGGGAAUGGGGACGUGCUCUGGUCUUGGCUUUGGAGAAGUACUGCCGAACUCCUCAUGGAUAUGCUGGUAUCCUAGAUGUCUACAAAGAAUCCUCGGGAUCGGAUGAUGUGCAAAGGGGUUACUUCUUGGGGGCGACUCUCAAGUACUUGUAUCUGCUGUUUUCGGAGGAUGAGGUAAUUCCGCUACAAGAGUGGGUCUUCAAUAGCGCGGGUCACUUCUUGCCUAUUAAAGGAGUAAACCCUAAGUAUCGUUUAUAUAUUUCAACGGAAGAGUAAAAUGAAGUUUUCAAAUUUAAAUGUUUCAUAUUGUGUAAUAAAAUAUUAAAAUAAAAGUGUUCAUUGAUGGGUUAAUAUAGCAAAAUAAAGUAGUAUCGCCCAUUUGUCCUAUUAACCCAUUUAA